CCUGAUAUUGCUUUGAGACUAGUACCGAACUAGGAAUAGUGGCCUCUAAACGAUGCAAUAUUGUAUGUUUUCCCAUGUAUUCCAGAGCUCUGAUUGUGAAACUGAACGUUUCUCCUGGCUCUUCCCUUCUGGCUCGUGUCGUGUAGCGUCAGAACAGAAGAGCUCCGCUCAGCCACAUCAGGAAGUUAAACACUAACGUUAAUCAGCGGACAGCCCGUUAAUUCACCGCCGUUAAGAUUUGUUCAUUCGGUGUCAGUACAUGGCUAUUCUCAGGAUGGUCCUAGAGCUCAGGAGUUCUUCUGUGGUGCUGUUUGAAGAGAUCUGGUGCUGAUUCAGCUGUGAUGACAACACCAAUGGACCUUCACUGAUGUGCCUUAGCUGCUGCUUGAAUAAACCAUUUCCUCUCAAGUACUGGCAUACAGGUUCUGCAGAAUGUGUCACGUCAUAGUCACAUGCCGCUCUAUGUUAUGGACCUUGAUGAGCAUUGUGGUGGCAUUUGCUGAGAUGGUGGCAUUUAUGAGCGCCGAAUGGCUAGUGGGAUAUCCAGAUGGUUCUGAGUUCAACUUCACCGUCACCGCUUCACACCACAGCGACCAGCGCACCCUGGGUAUUUAUAACCGCUGCAUCAAGGUGGCACAGCAGAAGGUGCUCCAGUGUGGGCCCUACGCUACAGACUUCAUGGAAAUAGCCAGUGGCUUCUGGCAAGCCACUGUUAUAUUUCUAGUCGUCGCAAUCUUUCUCCUAUCUGUAGUGGGCAUCCUUUCGGUUUUCAGCAUGUGCUUCCAGAGUAUCUUGAAGAAGAGCAUAUUCAACGUGUGUGGCCUGCUUCAGGGAAUAGCAGGUCUAUUCCUCAUCUUAGGUCUGAUGCUCUAUCCUGCAGGCUGGGGCUCUAAGAAGGUGGUUGACUACUGCGGUCUGGAUGCUUCCCCAUAUAAAGUGGGCCUGUGUUCUCUGGGCUGGGCUUUCUACACAGCCAUAGGAGGCACUGUUCUCACUUUCAUUUGUGCCAUGUUUUCGGCCCAGGCUGAGAUCGCCACCUCCAGCGACAAGGUGCAGGAUGAGAUUGAAGAGGGACGGAGUCUCAUUUGUGUGCUGUGAGAUGUGAACACAAACCACUCAAACGAAAAAGAAUCAAUUGUGUCCCAUAUUUACUGAUUGAAAUGACUGUUGCAUAAAUAGGAAUGUAUUUCAGACCUGUAGGUCUACUGAUCAAAGUCUUUACAAAUGUAUUUGCUUUUGCUUUCUGACUCUUGUCUCAGCCUAUCGCUGUAUCGCCAUUGCAAAAUAUACGUAUAACAAAUUAUUUCUAUGAAAAAACCUUUAGAAACUAACAAAUGCAUUAACAUUGUGUUUAUAAGCAAAUGCAUUUUACCAGUACUUUGAUUUAUUUGUUACAAAAUUUUACAUGGACUUCUAACUAAUGGAUGAAACCGUUUUCAGACUGUUUUAAAGAUUUAAUUGAAAUCUGUGAUAGACCUAGUCUAUUUAAACUGUAAAAUAAGAAGUGAUUCUUGAAUAAGAAGGUGUUUGAAGCACUUUCUGCCUCUCAAUCAUGUUGCACGUUCACCGCGAGCAGUCCAUAUAUGGGAAGCUGAGAGCAUGAUACGGUGAACUUUCAACUGUUUUUGAGUAUUUUUGUUGAGUGCAUUUUAUUUUUCAUCUGUCAACAAUGGCUUAUGCAACCAAAUGGACUAAAGAGAAAAAAUAAAGUGCAUGUCGUAAUACCGACACUAGUGGUCUUGGCUUCUUGAGAAUGUGUACGCGACGGGAAGUAAUUUCUCAAUACGGUCCCAGGUCAAAAAAAUGCCAAAGCUCAUAGCCCUUAACAUACACUAAAUCCACACUUUCUGUAAUACCACUUCAGAGCAAUUUUCGUGUAUCCCAUCAUUCAUCAUAUUCAGGAACUCGCAUGCAAUUGCAAAUUGCCGAGAAAAACAUUACAGUAUAAGUUAAACUAGUAAAUAUCAUUUAGUAGUAAAGAAUGUAUUUUGUAAACUGCUUUUAUCUUUGCUGCUUUUUAUCACAUUAGGAAAACCACAAUUAAAUUGCUUUCUGUUUCAUAGGAACAACCGGACAGACAUUUAGAAGUUUAUAAAGGGCAAAGAAUUAAAAACCAACAUAAUACUUUGUGAAAACAUGCAUUGGGUAAAAGUUAUAUAAAGACUUGAGGUCUGCACGCCUACUUUAACACUUGGGUCAAAUAGAGGAAAUACGUCAUGCAAGUAGACAAGUGCUCAAGUGCAAAGACUGCAAGUGUGGGUAUUGGGGGAUUAAUUCGGUGGAUGCAUUUGGCAGAAGUUUUGGAUAGAAUUUCGUGAAAUACGCACAAAAUAAA